AUGGGACUCUGUCAUGGAAAACCCGUUGAAGAACGACAAAUUUCAACCUCCGCAAACGAUGAGAUUCUUCAACUUCCACCGCCACCACCUCUAGCAACCUCAAUUCAUCAUGCAUCCACUAAAUCAUCCUCAAAGUUUCCCUUUUUCAGUCCUAGUCCGUUACCCAGUUUCUUCAAACACUCGCCGGCAAAUUCUACUUCCAAUUCGAAUUCGAGUGUCAGUUCGACUCCGCUUCGGAUCUUUAAGCGGCCUUUUCCUCCUCCGUCUCCGGCCAAGCACAUUCGGGCUCUGCUUGCUAAAAGACAUGGCUCUGUGAAGCCUAAUGAGGCUACGAUACCGGAAGGGAGUGAGUGUGAAGUUGGGUUGGAUAAGAGUUUUGGAUUUUCCAAGCAGUUUGGGAGUAAUUUUGAGAUUGGUCAAGAAGUGGGGCGUGGACAUUUUGGGUAUACUUGUUAUGCUAAGGGUAAAAAAGGAAGCUUUAAGGGUCUUGAUGUUGCUGUUAAAGUCAUUCCUAAAUCUAAGAUGACGACAGCGAUUGCGAUAGAGGAUGUAAGAAGAGAAGUGAAGAUAUUGCGAGCUUUGACUGGUCAUAAGAAUCUGGUACAAUUCUAUGAAGCCUAUGAAGACGAUGAAAAUGUUUAUGUAGUUAUGGAAUUAUGCAAAGGAGGUGAAUUGCUAGAUAAGAUUCUUUCCAGGGGUGGAAAGUACUCAGAAGAGGAUGCUAGAGUUGUUUUGAUUCAGAUAUUAAGUGUAGUAGCUUACUGUCAUCUACAGGGUGUUGUCCACCGUGAUCUCAAGCCAGAGAAUUUCCUUUUUAGUUCCGAGGAUGAAAAUUCGACACUGAAGGCAAUUGACUUUGGACUCUCUGACUAUGUAAAGCCAGAUGAGAGAUUGAAUGAUAUUGUUGGAAGUGCAUAUUAUGUUGCCCCUGAAGUUUUGCAUAGAUCUUAUGGAACAGAAGCAGAUAUGUGGAGCAUUGGUGUAAUUGCUUAUAUCCUGUUAUGCGGAAGUCGACCUUUUUGGGCCAGGACAGAAUCUGGCAUAUUUCGGACUGUACUUAAGGCAGAUCCAAGUUUUGACGAAGCUCCUUGGCCUUCUUUAUCGGCUGAUGCAAAAGAUUUUGUAAAGAGGUUGCUGAAUAAAGAUUUUCGUAAAAGAUUAACGGCAUCUCAGGCUCUCAGUCAUCCAUGGCUGGUAAAUCACUUAGAGGAUAGAAAGAUUCCGUUUGAUAUGGUAAUCCACAAGAACAUCAAAGCUUACAUAGGCUCAUCUUCUCUACGCAAAUCAGCAUUAGGGGCUAUUGCGAAGACAUUGACAUUAGUGCAGCUAGCGUAUCUCAAAGAACAAUUUACUAUUUUAGGGCCAAACAAAAGUGGGCUCAUCUCUAUGCAGAACUUCAAGACGGCUAUUUUAAGGAGCGCCACUGAUGCCUCGAAGGAUUCGCGGGUCUUAGAUUAUGUGAACAUGGUUAGCUCAAUCCAAUAUCGAAAAUUAGAUUUUGAGGAAUUUUGUGCUGCGGCUAUAAGUGUCCAUCAACUGGAGGGAAUGGAAGCUUGGGAGCGACAUGCAAGGCGUGCCUACGAUAUUUUUGAGAAGGAUGGGAAUAGACCAAUUAUGAUCGAAGAGCUUGCCUCGGAACUUGGACUUGGCCCCUCAGUACCUAUUCAUACAGUACUCCAAGAUUGGAUAAGACACUUCGACGGAAAGCUUAGUUUCUUAGGGUUUGUCAGACUCCUGCACGGAGUUUCAACUCGCGGACUUCACAAGGCUUGA